CUUCUUUCUUCAUCUUCUCGUCUGUCUCGCUCUGUGUUCCUUGUGGAGAGGUCGACGCCGUUGAGAUCCGACGGUCUGUUGCCUUUUCGCUCCCUUCGUUCUCGGUACGACAUCACAGAUCGAGUGUGAGUGUACGAGGUUUGGUUUUUGGGACUUGCCAUUUCUCCAAUCCAUUGUGAGAGAUGUGAGGCACUGGAAUCUUAUCUCUCUGAGAUCAGAUGAAUUCAAUGUGCCGGUCAUGUGGUUCAUAACAAACAACUCUAGGUAGUGAGUUUAGAAUUUGCUAUGAAAAGAUGGAUACUUCCUGCCCCCCGAACCCUGAGCAUUGUGAGUCCUGUCCAGAGAAGUAUGGUGAAAAAGCCUUAACUAAGAAUGGUUCAGGUCCUUAUGUCACUCCGCUUAGUCCCAUAUCAAGCUAUGCAAGUUCUUCAAGCUUUGGUGAUAUCCAGGCUGGUUUGAAUUUGCAAUGCAGGGAGGACGGAUAUAGUGUUCUAGAUGCUGAUGUUACUCAAAGAAAUAUGGUUAAUGAUUCUUCUGAUUCUAGGGCCAAUGUAGCUGGCUUUGGACCUCACAUUUCAACUGAAAAGAAGCUAUCGUCCAGUUCAAUAGACAAUAACGAAGAGAAAACUAAAUUAAGCAAUGAAAUCUUGGAUGAUGCUGGAGCCAAAACUGUUGUUUUUAACUCACAUAUAGCAGAAGAGCAGGACUUCAAUGACAUUCUGCCACUGUUACCUGAUUUUGAAGCUGAUCCUGACAUCUGGAUACCACCUGAACCAGAAGACAUGGAAGAUGACACACCCAGCAUUGCUGAUAAUGAUGAAGAUGAUGAUUAUAAUUGCCUAGAGUGGAAUCAGUCAAAUCUUUUGAGUAGUUUAGAUGAACAUCAAAGGAUCAGUCAAGGCUUUAAGGAAAAACGGCAAAAGGCAAUGUUGGAAGCAAUGAAUGGACAGUUCAAGUUUCUUGUAAGUCGUUUUUUGGCAUCCGAGGGAAUUGAUUUUUCUAGCCUAGAAGCUGGUCAGAGUUGGUUAGACAUUGUUGCUUCCUUAUCAUGGAAAGCCGCCUUGCUUGUUAAGCUUGAUGCAGCUGAAGGCAGGGCAAUGGAUCCUGGGUCCUAUGUGAAGGUGAAAUGCAUCGCAUCUGGUAGUCGGCAUGAAAGUGAACUGAUCAAGGGUUUAGUUUUCAAGAAGAAUGCUGCUCAUAAGCACAUGCCAACCAAGUUUAAAAAUCCUAGAAUCCUACUGCUUCAGGGCGUCCUUGUUCACUCUGCAGUUGGCUUAUCAUCUUUCGAGUCAAUGGAACAAGAAAAGAACCAUUUGAAGGUCAUCACUGAUAUGAUAGAGGCUUGCCAUCCCAAUGUGGUUCUGGUAGAGAGAAAUAUUUCUCGUGACAUACAGGAUUCUCUUUUAGAGAAAGGAAUAACUGUGGUUUCUGAUAUGAAGAUCCACCGUUUGGAAAAGGUUUCUCUCUGUACAGGUUCUCCUAUCAUUUCUUGUUCCAACUUUCCAACAAAUCUGAUCCUGCCACAAUGUGAUUUAUUUCGUAUUGAAAGAUUUAUGGAGGAAUAUAACAGUACUGGUGGUGGUGGUAAGAGGUCAAGUAAGACCUUAAUGUUUCUAGUGGGCUUCCAGAAACCUCUGGGUUGUACUAUAUUGCUGAAAGGGGCUCAGAGUGACGAACUGAAGAAGAUUAAGCGUGUAGUUCAGUAUGCAGUCUUUGCAGCAUACCAUUUGAUUCUUGAAACUUCAUUCCUUGUGGACCUGAGGGUUUCUUUUUCCAAUAAGAAUGAUAGCAGGGAAGGAAUUGCACCCUUGAGGACCAUGCCUUUGCUUUACAUGGAUAAUCUUGAAUGUUGCCUGUCUACUCUGGCCUCAGAGCAUACACAAGAUGUUCCUGUUUGCAAUGGAUCCUUGGGUAGAUUUGAUCAUAGGUUGAUGUCAUUGAAUUCUGACUAUGAGUGUAUGUUUUCUGACAAAUCCAGCAGUGGUGACAUAUCAUUGCUAUCGCCUCUCUCUGCUACUUGUGAAACAUUCGAAGGAAACAAUUCUCCAUCUCUCAUUUCUGAGUUUGUUUCACUAGGGUUAGACAUCAAUAAUAAAACUUAUGAUGGUAAAAGUAUUGAUCUUGCUUCAUCGGAAGCAUCUGAUCAUGAAAAUGCAGCAAAUUCGAUAAUUAGUGAAGAAAAAAUAGAUGAUGGAAUCUUUAAUUAUCAAAAGACUGAGCCAGUUAGAGAUUUAACUGAAGCUGUUGAUGCUGAUGGUUGUGAGAUUGUUAACAUAAAACACAAAGAUGUCGUUGAGAGUGUAUUAGAUCCCCAGAGCAUCAUAGUUUUGCUUUCUAAACAGUGCACAAAAAAAGGCACCCUUUGUGAUCAGAGCCAUCUUUCUCGUAUAAAAUAUUAUGGGUACUUUGACAUAUCACUUGGACGAUUUCUGAGAGAUAUCUUGCUUAACCAGAACAGUUGCUCUUCUUGUAGUGAACCACCAGAGGCACAUGUGUACUGUUACACCCACCAAAAUGGGAAUCUAAGCGUGCAUGUAAGACAACUUCCUCAAGGGUCACAGUUGCCAGGUGAAGUCGAAGGAAAAAUUUGGAUGUGGACCCGUUGUUUGAGAUGUAAGAAUGGAAACAAGAUGUCCACACGGAGGGUUGUCUUGUCUAAAUCGGCAUGUAAUCUUUCAUUUGGGAAGCUUUUAGAACUCAGCUUUUCAGGCCAUUCUUCGGGUAAUAGGCUAUCUGAAUGUGGACAUUCUUUGCACAGGGAUUUCCUUCGAUUUUUUGGAUUAGGCUCCAAGGUAGCAAUGUUUGUUUAUUCAUCAGUUAAGAUCUAUGCUGCUUGUAAGCCACCAGCAGUCUUGCAGUUCCAUAAUCCAAAAGAACAAGAAUGGCUUAAGAGAGAAAUGGAAACUGUUCUUUUUCAAGGACGUGCAUUUUUCUCUGAGGUUUCAGACUCAUUGCAGAACUUGAAGCCUAUAUAUUAUGGCCCUCUGGGUAAACAAUGUAUUGAGCUCUCUGGUUCACUUAAACCGUUUUCUGAAAUUGAAGAGAUGCUGAUACAGGAAAAGUUUGAAUUUGAGACCUCUCUGCUGAAGGCAUUAGAUCAUAAUAAACAUAUGGAGGUUUCUCUUCAUGAGAUUCUCGGUUUAAAGUGGCUUGGCCAGGAGCUCCUUCUUGAGUUAUAUGUUUGGGACCGUCGGUUGGAUUGCCUUCUGCAGCAUACAGAAUUCAAACUAGGAAAUGAUGAAUGUGUAGCUGACGAAAUUCCUAAAGUGCAUAGUCACGUUAAUGAACAACUCUCUCCUAGUGGCAGCCAUUGUAUACAAGACAUGCAGAUUGAUCUUGAUACAGAAUCAACUGAAGCUUCUGCUUGUACAAGCAAUAACUUCUAUAAGCUUCUUGAUGUUGGAUUUGUUGAUGCGGAACACUCAACAAGACAGUAUUUUGAUCAAUCAGGGAUCGAGGAGCAUGCAGUAUCUCUCCUUGAACAAGACCCUUGUAUACCACAUGAUCCUAUUUUGUCCCCUGAAGAUGAUCAGAACCGUCAGGAAAUAUGUGUAUCUCCUUCUGGUGAUAUACUAAUUGACCACUCCAUACAGAUUGCAGAAGUGCCACAUGUUGGGAAGGCAACUGACCUUGAGCUUAAAAAUGCUGAGACAAUUGCUGAAAGUGAAACACCACCUCCUACAUCCUUGUCAAAUGAAUUUCCAAAUAUUUCAGAUGACGUUUAUGCAAAGUCAGAAGGUCCAGAAGAGUUGAUCUGGACUUCGUUUUCUGAUUUGAGAGAGAUAUGCAAAAAGGACCUCUAUGGAGGUUCAUUACGGAAGUUUGAAUUUAUUAAUACCUAUGUUCCAUCUCACAUUUCUCCAAUACACCAGACAUCUAUUAGUGAAGUGGACUUGUUGCACUUUGCAGUUGGUCCAGGUGGGAAUGUCCUGUCUGCUUCUGAGAAUGAGAUAUCUAGCAUAAUUGCAUGUGCGCUAGCCAUAUCUGAAAAUUUCCAAGGCUUGUUAGACAGGGCUGAAAGCGAAGCAGGGGAGACAGAUAGAUCUUUUAGCUUCACUUGUGAUAGUUAUGGGGCUUCUGCAUGUAUGUCUUCUACUGGAGCUUCAGAAUCUGAAAGGAUCAACUUGCUAUAUAGUGCCUCCUCACUUUCAUUGGACGAGUCAUCAACUUCGAGUAUUGAUGGUUCAUCAUCUGUUGAUUUACAGCUACAAUCAGUAAAUUUGCAUCCUGAAGUCAUUGUGGGGAGAGGGAAGGUUUCUGGAAAAAGUAUUUUUUCAGUAAUUUGUAUAUAUGCAAAGCAUUUCUAUGAUAUAAGAAAGAAAUGUUGUCCUUCUGAACUUGCCUACAUCUCUUCCUUAAGCCGUUGCAAGAAGUGGGAUGCACAAGGAGGAAAGAGUAAAGUUUUUUUUGCGAAGUCAUUGGAUGAAAGGUUCAUCAUUAAACAAAUCAAGAAGACAGAGCUCGACUCCUUCUUAAAAUUUGGCCCUGAUUAUUUUAAGCAUGUUUUUCACUCUUUAGACACAGGGAGCCAAACUUGUCUUGCUAAAAUCUUGGGAGUAUAUCAGGUUCGGAAAAGCAAAAGUGGCAAGGAAACCAAAAUUGAUGUUAUGGUGAUGGAAAAUCUUCUAUAUGGACAUAAAAUUUCUCGAACAUAUGAUCUCAAGGGUGCUGUCUUUGAUCGAUACAUUUCAGAUGCCAAGUAUGGUGAAAAGGUUCUUUUGGAUCAGAACUUUGUGGAAGACAUGCAUAAAUCUCCCAUAUAUGUUGGUGGGGAUACUAAACUCCUUCUGCAACGUGCCAUUUGGAACGAUUCAUCUUUUCUGACUUCUAUUAAUGUCAUGGACUAUUCUUUGCUUGUUGGAGUGGAUGAUGACCGGAAAGAGCUUGUUUUUGGCAUUAUUGAUUAUUUGAGGCAGUAUACCUGGGACAAGCAGCUUGAGACUUGGGCGAAGGCUUCAAUUGUUCCUAGGAAUGAAUUGCCAACCGUUAUUUCUCCGAGGGAGUACAAGAAAAGGUUUAGGAAGUUUAUGACCAGAUAUUUUUUGUCAGUUCCUCAUUGCUGGAAACAUGAGCACCGUUCACCCUCAUGCAUUAUUUGCUCUGAUGGCAAGAGAAAUUCAGCUAAAGUACACAAUGCGGAUCUCUCAGAGAAGUCAUGACCAGUUAUCUGCCUGGAUCAAAGUUCCUGCUAUGCCCACGUCAUUUGAAAUCUUGAAUCUUUUUCUGAUUUGUUACUGUACUUCUGCCUUUCUAAUUAUUGUAUAUAGAUGUUGCUCGCCUCCCCAAGAUUUGCGACUUUUUAGCAAAUUUCUGGGGUAGGUUGGGCCACAUUGUAUACUCCAAAAUGUCUAAAGUUUAUUUCUUCAGGGUGGUUACAAAGAGAUCCAAAAUGUGUUCGAUUCUUUAUGUUUGUGUUCUUUGUGUUUAUAUGGUUGAAUAAAAGUGGGAAUUUCUGUUUAA